GAAGUUCUAGGCCAUUUGUAAUGCGUGUUCUCGAUGAUGAGGUGGAUGACAUUGACAAUGCAUAUGAGGAAGCUCAAGAUAGAACCUCCCUUUCUGCUAAUAGGUUUAAUUUUAACGACCUUUAUGUUAGUGAUGAUGACGACUCUGAGAAUGAGUCAGCACUUGAAAUUCAGCCAUACUUGAUGGAAGAAACAGGAUUGGUGGAAGGAGGUUUGAUGGAGAUAACUAGUGAACAUCAGCUUGGGGUCAAGGAGGAGAUUAGGAACAAAUUUUUUACAAUGGAGUCAGAUCUGAUGAGUGAAAAUGAAAAGGUUUCUUCUGCAUUUCUUUGAGUUAAUAAGUAUGGAGAAGCAAGGCGUGAAAAUAAGAGAAAGCUUGAUACCCAAUAUCAACG